AUGUGUCAGAACCAGCUCCCGGACCUCAGCACCGGCCUCAGCAGCUCUGACCCUCUGGUCAGAGAAGCCUACCUGAUGGCCCAUGACUACAUCGACUACGUGACUGGUGGGGGGGCAGAGAGCAGAUCCAUGCGGGCGGCCCCCACGGCGUGCACGGCGGCGCUGCGACACGCCGGGGACCAGCUUCUCAGCCGCUUCCCCAUCUUCUUCCGGCGCUGGCCCCGGAUCUUCAAAGACGUGAGCGAGGAGCAGGCGGUGUCCACGCUGCUGAGCAUCCUGGACCAGCACUUCUGCCCCAGCCAGGGGGGGGGCCAGGGGGGGGGCCGGCGGGGGGAGCUGGCCUGGAGCGCCGUGCUGUCCGUGUACGUUCUGGCCGGGCAGAUGGCCCAGCACUGCCAGGAGGGGGGCAUGGAGGGGGUCCUGCCCCAGCUGAAGGCCAGUGUCGGGGACUACGUGGAGAGGGUCAUCUGUCCAGAGCUGCGGGACAGAGGAGGAUGGAGUGGGUUCGUGUCCCGCUUCGGCCGCCCCCCAGGGCUGGACAGCAGACUGAGGGCGGUGUGCGGCUGGAGUCUGGUGGCACUGGCAGUCAGCCUCCUCUCCUACGGCCUCUGGAAACUACUGACCACAGCGCCCCCUGCUGGACACCCACCGCAACUGUUCACACACCUUUGA